AUGGUGGGAAGAAUCUUCGUGAUCGGGGUGUACGCUCCGACGUCUAGCAGCACGGUACAGGAGCGGCGCCAGCUUCGGGACCAGGUAUCCAACGUGAUAAACAUGGCGCAGGCCACCAGUAUAUCCCUCUUGCUGGGAGAUAUCAACGCAGAGUUGGGUAACAACCAGAACGCGAACACUCUGGGACACACGGUGGUCGGUCGUUUCGCACGUCCCAAGAUCACCACGGCCGGACAGGAGUGGCGGCAAUGGGCCGAGGCGGAGGGCUUCCGUGUGCCAGCAGAUAUCAGCUGCGACACCGGACCACCUGGCAACACCCGAGAUACCGGUCAGAACACGAAUUGGACCACAUCUUCAUCCGGGAAGAAUGCUUGUGGCACCUACAGCACUGCCGAGUGCUACAGGGAGGACGCAGACCUCACAUCCCGAUGGGAAGCAAUCUGUGCGGCUUGCCGAGACGCGGCAGUCCAGGUAUGCGGGGUCCUUCAGCGCCACAAGGGACAACCGUGGCUCCGCGGGCGAGAUGGGGAGGUGCAACAGUUAGAUCAGCGCAUCCAGCAGGCCAGAGCAGCGGAUCGACGGAUACAAGGAAACCCAGACGCCCUGCCGGUGGCAGAAUUCCACCGCGCCCGGCGCGCAGCGCGACAAGGCCUACGAGCCACAAGACGGACCAAAAAGGUGACACUGGGAGAGUGGGAAACCGCUUGGCUGGAUCGCAAAGCGGCGGAAGCAGAUGAGGCGGCUGACCAGGGGCGGACAGGAAUCGUGUUCCGGGUGAUCAAAGAGCUUGUUCAGGACCAUCGGACCAGCGGCUUCGGAAAUCGACGAGCUGCAGACCCACAGGGGGAGGCUGAGGAAUGGAAACAGCAUUUCGCGCGUAUCCAAGCGGGACGAGGUGAGGUGGCUGACUCCGUAUGGAUCGAUGUGGAGUCCCGGGAAGGAAUCGACACGUGGUUGGAUGGAGUACCCACUCUAGAGGAAAUCCGACGGUCCAUUGGAGACAUGCAGUGUGGUAAAGCGCCGGGCACGGAUUCGUUCAUGGCAGAGUACCUGAAGUAUGGCGGACCCGCGUUGGAAGCGGAAAUAGUGGUUUUGGUCCGCACGGCGUGGCGACGGGCCGCGGAGGCGCCAGCGGGCCGGGAAGCCGAGCCAUGGCCAAAAAGAUGGCGGGAAGGAGUAAUCUGCCCCCUAUGGAAACGCAAAGGAGAUCGACAGGACAAAAACACGUGGCGCGGUAUCACGCUGUUGUCGGUGGGAUCGAAGUUGAUAGCACGGAUCUGCUCUGCACGAUUGCAACGAUGGGCGCAGCCAUGGUUGAAUGCUCUACAGUUCGGCUUCAGACCAGGGACCGGCGUGGAUGAUGUGCAGCAGAUUACUCGGGCGGUCUUGGAGGAGGCGGCGGGGGCGGUGCAUGAUCGCACCAUCCUGCUACGAUUCUUCGAUCUGGAGAAGGCGUAUCCUAAGGUGGCUAGGCAUGCGCUCUGGAAACUGUUGGAAAUGAAAGGAUGCCCGCCGGGAUUUCUUGGAGCGCUGAAAGCUCUACAUGACCAUACGGCUAGCCAUGUGCGCUUCGAUGGAGGGACCUCCGCGGAGUUUGUCCCGGACAGAGGGCUCCGAGAAGGUUGCCCCAGUUCCCCGGUCCUAUUCAAUCUGUACCACCACGGUCUUAUGGAGGUAUUCCGAGCACGACGGGCGCGGGCGGCGCAGGAGCGGCAAAUGACGCCAGGCGUCACUUGGAACUACAAGGUCGAUGGGAAGAUCGGAAAGAGACGCAUGGACCGCCUAGAGGAGGGCCGAAAUACUCGCCAAAUGCUGAUCGGGGAUUUUGCAUACGCAGAUGAUACGGGAAUCCUUGGUGACGCCGAUGAGGUGGUAACGGCGGAAGAGCUGUUCGCGUCCACACUGGCUGACUUCGCCGGGAAGGUCAAUGCAGGGAAAACUGAGGGACUACGGGUGACAUCGGAAGCACCGGCCGAGUAUGACAUCCCACACUGCGGAGAAGCGACGGCGGUCAGACAUGUCGGAGCGAUGUUGGGACAUAGAGGUAAUCACGUGGAUGAGACGGCAGCUCCAGUGAUGAAAAGCAUGCAGCAAGUGGGGCGCAUUUCCAAGGCGUGGACUCACGGUAAGGGAGCGCACCGCAACAGAUAUAGGGUGAAGUUCUCGGUUCGAAUCAAGGUCAUGAAGGCGGUGCUGAAAGGGAUGCUGGGUAGUUUCGCGCGGACAAGGGCGUGGCAGGUGAGCCAAAUUACCAGGGUGCAGAAGAUUGUGAAUCUCGCCAUUCGACGGUGUCUAGGGAUCCGGCUGGGCAUGCUACGGGGAUACGGUCUGAGCAACGACAUCCUGUCGAACAUGGCGCAGUGGGAACAGUUUGAAAGUCUGGUUCGCAGGUCCACCCUCAUGUGGAUUGGACAUGUGGCGCGCAUGGAGCACAUGCAGCCACAAAAGGCUAUCAUGUUCGGGUGGCUCGACGGAGCCAGCGCCAAACAACAUGCGCCGCCGCGUCAGGCGCAAUGGGUGAACUCGUGCUUGAAAGCAGCCAAGAUAUCCGAGAUGGAUUGGUUCAGGUUAGCGCAGGACCGAUCGACAUGGCGCAAGAUUGUGACGAAAGCCUUCCCCGUGGAAAAGGUCAAUCCCGAGCGGGAAGGACAAUUGGAUAGCUGGCGCCCGGGAAGGCCUGUGCCACCGUUCGCGCUCCCCCAAGGGCGCCCAGAACGGCCCGACAACGAGGAUGAAGGCAGCGAGGCAGAUGUUGCAGAAAGAGUGCGGGGCAGGGCGCGCGGACAGGGACAGGUGAUGUACGGAGUAGGGGGAAGACGGGCAGCAGCGCGCGCCACGAGACAACAAAGAGCGCACAGAGAUGAAGCGGGGAAUUGGGCGUGCCCGGUCUGCGCGGAGACCUUCAACAAGGCGAACCAGGUGGAAUUUCAUUACCAGGAACACCACGCAGUAACGGAUCCCCGACUGGUCACCACUGAAGUGUUCACGUGUCAACACUGUCAGGCCACCUACCGAAGGAGAAAGCAGCUGACGGAUCACUUGUGCCCAGCCAGGCAGAAAUUGGAACGUUUGGACCGAAUCGAUCCAAUGAUACACGUGGGAGGGCCGAGCCGGGAAGAUGCCGUGCCGGACGGCAGUCCAUGGGCCCUGUUUACGGACGGAUCGGGCGGAACAAGAGGUGUGGCAGGCUGGGGAGUUGGGAUUUACACUUGCAGAGCCCCAACCACACAGGAGGAUUGGGUGGCGGCCUUGUAUGGCCCGGUCAUCACUUUGCCCUGCGACCCGCAGUGGAUGGGAGCGGAGGCACACACGAACAAUACGGGAGAGCUAUCGGCCAUCGGGGAAGCAUGCAAAUGGUUGCUGCAAUGGAAAGCACGAAAGCCGGAAGCUCCGCAUCCUUCCGCAGUCAUCCUCUACGACAGCCAAUACGCCUACGGAGUGGCUACACGCCUGUUCCGCGCCAAGGAAAACCAACUGUUGGCGACGUCUGUGGCCAGCCUUGUGGACGCGGUACGUGCCUCCAUGUCCCUCGAAUUCGAGCAUGUCAAGGGCCACAGUGGCGCGCACGGCAAUGAGGUUGCAGAUAGUACCACCAGCGGGACCGAUGGGAGGGGCCGAGGGGGCUGCGCGCAGAGCGCCUCAAGACCGUCCGGCGCCCAAGCGCAGGGCCUUGGUCCGGCCCCCGCCAGACGCCCCAGCGGUUCGUAA